CGAAGAAGAAGAUGGUGACGGCGGAGAAGAAUGGAUACUGCGGCGCCGGGGACGAGGCACACAUGCGUGAAGCUCGAGAUUUACACCCCUGCGAGCGAACCAGUCUUCGUCAAGGGAACGUGGUUCGAGGGUCGCUUCGACCUCUCCAUCACCGAAGGCCUCCACUCUUGGGUCUGCCACGCUAGGGAAGAGGAUGCGAGAGAUAGAGCGGCGCAGUGGGUCAGCCAGUAUCCGAGUAUAUCCAAUUGGCGGAGAAGCACCUGGGGUUUCAAAUCCCUGGCUCGAUCUAGAGGUUCGACGAUGCCGGCGAUGGCUGCAAACGAGUUAAACUUUGCUAAUGUAUACACGUGGUGCAACCAGUGUCAGAUGCUCUUGCUGUCAUACUGUGAACCUGCCACC